AAAAUUAGAUUCGGGUCGACCCGAACUAGUCCCUCCAUUUCGUUCUUUCAAUCCCCAGGUAGUUUCACCCUUGUCUACAUCAAAAAAAACACUAACACAAAUCACACUAUAUUCAUGAGCUUGUAUAUACACUAAUUAUACAAGCCUAUACUAAAUGGCAAGAUACCCAUCAUUUUUUACAUUGUUUUUUCUUCGCCAAACCCCUAAAAAUCCCACCUUUCAUAUUAGAAACAUUAGUAUUAGUUCUAAAGAUCAGUUGAAUUCAAGCAUUGACAAGCAAGAAAGCUUGACCCAGGUUGCAAAAGAUGUUUCUAAGUAUGUUAGAAGCCGACCCAGAUGGGAAAACACCCUUGUUUCUGAUUUCUCAGGUAUCGAUUUUUCGGAUACUAAUUUGUUAUGUGAAUUUGUGAAGCAACAAAGUAAUGUUAUGUUAAAGAUUAGAUUUUUUUAUUGGGUUUGUAGUCAAUUUGAGGUACCUAGUGAUGAGAAGUUGCUUGGAUUGAUGUUUGAUUGUCUUGUUGAGAGUAAGGCGGCGAAUGCUGCGUUGCGUUUUCUUGAAUUUACUAAAUUUGAUCCGGGGUCGGGUUCGUUGGAGUUGUUUGCUUGUUGUUUGUUUGAGAAUGGAUUGAUUGGAGAUGGGGUUGGGGUUUUUGAUGAGUUGGUUGAGAGGGGGAGUGUUCCGAAGUUGGAGACUUGGAAUUUUGGGUUGAAUGGUGCGAUUCGAGUUGGGAGGAGUGAUGUUGUUUGGAAAUUGUAUGGGGAUAUGUUGAGUUAUGGUGUUGAGCCCGAUGUUGAAACGGUUACGUGUUUGAUUUUGGCUCUUUGUAGUGAAGAUAAGCUUCCGGAAGGGUAUGAUCUUUUUCGACAGUGUUUGAAAGAUGGGAAUGUGCCGAGAAAUGUGGCUUUUAUAAAGUUAUUAUCGGGGUUUUAUAAGCAAAGGAAAUAUUAUGGAGUGUCAGCACUACUGCAUGGUAUGAUUGUUAAUGGUCGUCUUCCGGGUAUAGACAUCUAUCAAGAAAUUAUUCAUUGGUUGUGUUGGAAUAAUAAAGGGAGAGUAGGCUAUAGGAUCUUUAAUGAUCUUAGGGGUAGAGGGUAUGCUCUGAAUAGUUUCAUGUAUGCCACGAUGAUUGAUGGUCUUUGUAAAAUGAAACAAGUUGAAGAUGCUAGGAAGUUAUUGUAUGAGAUGAUUGAAAAGGGGAUGAAGCCGGGGAAGAACACAUAUAUUGUUCUCAUUAGUGGGUUUUUUCAAGUUGGUGAUAUUAACGGGGCUCAAGAGACUUACAAACAAAUGCUUGAAAGAGGGUACAAGCAGAGUAUUAUGAGUUACAAUACUAUGAUUACUGGGUUAUGUUUGAAUGGAAAGAUUGGGUUAGCUUGGGAUCUGUUUGAACAAAUGCAUCACAAAGGUAUCGACCGUGGCUUGGUAGACAAGAGUUUUAAUUUUAUGGUUAGGGAAGAUAUAUACAUCUAUCAGGAAAUUAUCCGUUGGCUAUGCAAGACAAACAACAGUAAGGAAGGGUUUAGGAUUUUUAACAAUUUCAAGGAUAGAGGGUAUGCUCCUAAUAAUGUCAUGUAUACAACAAUAAUUCAUGGUCUUUGUAGAACCAAAUUGCUCAGAGAUGCAAGGAAGUUAUUAAGUGAGAUGGUUGAGAAGGGUAUGAUGCCGUGUGAGCAGACAUAUACUUUUUUCAUCAGCCGGCUUUUUCAAGCUGGUGAUGUUGAUGGGGCUCAAGAACUUCACAAGGAAUUUCUUGAUAGAGGCUACAAAGACACCACUAUGAGUUACAAUAAUAUGAUUACUGGGUUAUGUAUGAACGGGAAGAUGGAAGCAGCUUGUGAUCUAUUCAAGAAAAUGCUUGAUGACCGUGGCUUUGUAGAAAAUACUUGCAACUUUAUGAUAAAGAGAUUCUGUAAGGAUGGUAAACUAGUUGAAGGUAUGAAGUUCUUAUAUAAUCUUCUGGAUUGGGGCUUUCAACCACCUGCAGCGUCUUAUACUAACCUGAUAGAGAAGCUUUGUGAAGCGGGAGAACUACAGGAAGCAAAAGGUUUAUGGGAAGAUAUGCAAGAUAAGGGUGUGUUGCUAUCAGCAUGUACCCAAAAUUCCAUCAUUAAAGGACUCAGUCAGGUUGAGAACUUUGAAGAUGCUAAUUCAAAGUCUUCGCCAGAGUGAGAGUGCAAUGAUGUUUUGUUUCUUCUAAACUACAUGAUUAAGAUAAGUUGUGAAAUGCGUGAAUCGAUUUCCAACCUCCUGCUUCGCAGUUUUUUGUGUAAUGAAAUUUGCCUUGGACAAGAUUUGUAUAGACAAUAUCCUUUAAAGCAUUAAAUACUGCCUUGUAUAAUUGCAAAAUGAAGUCAUAAAGCAAAUUUUUAGACAUCCAAUUAAUAAGCAACAAUGUUCUCUUCUAUGUUGA